UCAUAUCAUUUCAUCUGUCGGGGAAAAAACCUGCUAAGCAGAGCCUCCAUCCGAAGAGGAAAAUCAGGUUGGCACAGUGACAGAUGUUUGAAUAAAGAAGUUGGCUCAGAGGAGGUGCGUGGAGCCUGAUUUUAUUUUUUUCCCCUCGCUCUCCGCCUUAAUCUGAAUGAGGACUCUCAUGGGAACUGGAUUCACAUGGCGAUCAAAAGGAACGCUUGAGUGAUGAACUGCUUCUGAGGAAGUCUGAGGCAGUCAUUUGUGUGCGGGAGCUGGCUUAUGUUGCCGAAGCGUCCUUCUUGUUGGAAUUCGUGCCGAGCGCAUUCCCUGAUGGAGAAGCUAGAGGCUGGGGAAGGAGAGCUGAGCGUGCUGCGCUGCCGGUGGCACUGAGGGGUGAGCUGCCUGCGUCUGUCGUUUGGGGAAGCUGGGUUGAGCCAACAGCGUUAUUCAAGGAGUUGCAUUGUCCCUGUGGUCUGACUCAUCGCAUGUAAAUGUGCUGCAGCCUCGCUGUACAUUGCAGAUAUUUUUAUUGCACGCGGAAGAAUUAUUUGCCUCUCUCCCCGCUCUGAAGAACUGCUGGAAAACGGAUGCAUUUUUUGGAUGGACUGUUUCUGACGCUGAGGAACAGGGCUGCAGUAUCACAGAAUGGUCAGAGCCCGCGUUUAUUCUCGGACAGCAGAGAGCCCGCUACUGUUUGCUGGCAACUGACCUUGCGGGACUGGGAAUAGCCACAGCCAUCUCUGUCAGAGCAAUUGUUCGUUCUCCGGGCCUGCAGAAUGGAGCCGGUGCUUCUCCAACAAUGAUCCCCCUGUCUGCUUAGGGGGAGGCACUGCUCAAGUUGUGCUGCUGACAAGGGCACAUUAGCUCGGAAGGACAGCUCUUGGAGGCAGCGAGCUCUGUUGCAAUUCAGUUGGAUCUAGGAUAUUUUUAUCAGCUGUUCCACAGCCUCGUCGUUGUGGUUUCGAUGUUUUGUGGAAUUUUAUUUCAUAGAACAACUUUCUUAAUGUCUCAGGGUGAUCAAAUCUGAAAAAUGGAGCAUAGAGUGGGAGUGCAAUGUCCUUUUCUAAAUAUUCAAACACCAGCAGCAGCGCUCACAAGUUUGUGAGUGUAUGUGAAACAGGUGAAAGCAUUCCCUAUAUGGUCCUUGGUGCAAUAUCUGCAGUGUGCUUCCAGAAACAGAGUUGCUAGUGUUAUUCUGUUUGCUUUUGCUUCUUCAAACGGAUCGAAUGAGUCGAGUCUGUAUUGUUGUUUUGGAGGAGGAGGAAGAUGAUUCUCCCACAUUUGUUUCCAAUAUACCUCAGGAAAAUAUAUGUUUGCGUCCAUUACCUCCUGGAAACGUGUUGCCACCGUUGGUUCAAGCUAUAUUUAAUGGAGACCCUGAUGAAGUUCGAGCAUUAAUAUUUAAGAAAGAAGAUGUUAAUUUUCAGGAUAAUGAGAAAAGGACCCCUUUACAUGCUGCUGCCUAUCUGGGAGAUGCAGAAAUUAUUGAACUGCUUAUUUUAUCUGGAGCUAGAGUUAAUGCCAAAGACAGCAAAUGGUUGACUCCUCUACAUAGAGCUGUGGCAUCUUGUAGUGAGGAUGCUGUUCAGGUGUUGCUAAAGCAUUCAGCAGAUGUCAAUGCUCGUGAUAAAAACUGGCAGACACCCUUACAUAUAGCAGCUGCAAAUAAAGCUGUGAAAUGUGCCGAAGCUUUGGUGCCUCUUCUGAGUAAUGUAAAUGUGUCUGAUCGGGCAGGUAGAACUGCGUUGCACCAUGCAGCCUUCAGUGGACACGUAGAGAUGGUCAGCUUACUGUUGUCUAGAGGAGCUAAUAUUAAUGCAUUUGACAAGAAGGACAGAAGAGCUAUACAUUGGGCAGCAUAUAUGGGUCAUAUCGAAGUUGUGAAAUUACUUGUGGCCCAUGGAGCUGAAGUAACAUGCAAAGACAAAAAAUCAUAUACACCUUUACAUGCUGCAGCAUCUAGUGGGAUGAUCAGUGUAGUCAAAUAUCUUCUCGAUCUUGGAGUUGAUAUGAAUGAACCAAAUGCCUAUGGAAAUACUCCUCUUCAUGUAGCUUGCUAUAAUGGACAAGAUGUUGUAGUGAAUGAACUCAUAGACUGUGGUGCUAAUGUAAAUCAAAUGAAUGAAAAGGGGUUUACACCUUUGCACUUUGCUGCUGCAUCAACACAUGGAGCACUGUGUUUGGAACUUUUGGUCUGUAAUGGAGCAGAUGUAAAUAUGAAGAGUAAAGAUGGGAAAACACCUUUGCACAUGACAGCAAUCCACGGUAGAUUUUCAAGAUCUCAAACCAUCAUUCAAAAUGGAGCUGAAAUAGACUGUGAAGAUAAGAAUGGAAAUACUCCUUUGCACAUAGCAGCUAGAUAUGGCCAUGAGCUAUUAAUCAACACUCUGAUUACGAGUGGUGCUGACACUGCAAAGCGGGGUAUACAUGGGAUGUUUCCUCUCCAUUUGGCAGCAUUAAGUGGAUUUUCAGACUGCUGCAGAAAGCUCCUUUCAUCAGGUUUUGACAUAGACACACCAGAUGACUUUGGCAGAACUUGUCUUCAUGCAGCUGCAGCUGGAGGGAAUUUGGAGUGCCUAAAUCUUCUGCUGAAUACUGGUGCAGACUUCAACAAAAAGGACAGAUUUGGGAGAACUCCACUCCAUUAUGCUGCUGCCAAUUGUAAUUAUCAGUGCCUGUUUGCCCUUGUGGGAUCUGGAGCUAGUGUGAACGACCUUGAUGAGAGGGGUUGUACACCUCUGCACUAUGCAGCCGCGUCAGACACAGAUGGAAAGUGCCUGGAAUACUUGCUAAGAAAUGAUGCCAAUCCAGGGAUCCGAGACAAGCAAGGAUACAAUGCAGUUCAUUAUUCUGCUGCUUACGGCCAUCGCUUAUGUCUUGAAUUGAUUGCAAGUGAAACGCCUCUAGAUGUUCUAAUGGAAACAUCAGGUACUGACAUGCUGAACGAUUCAGACAACAGAGCACCUAUAAGUCCACUGCAUUUAGCUGCCUACCACGGCCACCAUCAGGCUCUGGAAGUGCUGGUACAGUCGCUGCUAGACCUUGAUGUGAGGAAUAACAAUGGAAGGACACCACUGGAUCUUGCUGCCUUCAAGGGACACGUCGAAUGUGUAGAUGUGCUCAUUAAUCAGGGAGCAUCAAUCUUGGUGAAAGAUUAUGUUGUAAAGAGAACCCCAAUACAUGCAGCAGCUACAAACGGUCACUCUGAAUGUUUGCGACUAUUGAUAGGAAAUGCAGAACCACAGAAUGCAGUGGACAUUCAAGAUGGAAAUGGACAGACUCCUUUGAUGUUGUCUGUUCUCAAUGGGCACACAGACUGUGUUUAUUCACUUCUCAACAAGGGAGCAAACGUAGAUGCCAAAGAUAAGUGGGGAAGGACAGCAUUACACAGAGGGGCAGUUACUGGGCAUGAGGAAUGUGUGGAAGCACUACUUCAACAUGGUGCUAAGUCCUUAUUGAGAGACUGUAGGGGGCGAACCCCUAUACAUUUGUCAGCUGCGUGUGGACAUAUAGGUGUUCUAGGAGCUCUCUUGCAGUCAGCUACAUCUGUGGAUGCAAUACCUGCGAUAGCAGACAAUCAUGGCUAUACAUCGCUGCACUGGGCCUGUUAUAAUGGUCACGACAGUUGUGUAGAACUUCUCCUGGAACAAGAAGUUUUUCAGAAAAUGGAAGGAAAUUCUUUCAGUCCAUUGCAUUGUGCUGUGAUAAAUGACAAUGAAGGUGCUGCAGAAAUGUUAAUUGAUACAUUAGGUGCUGGUAUAGUAAAUUCAACAGAUUCAAAGGGAAGGACCCCUCUUCAUGCAGCAGCUUUUACAGAUCAUGUUGAGUGUCUGCAGCUUCUACUCAGUCACAAUGCUCAAGUAAAUGCUGUAGAUGCUUCUGGGAAAACACCUUUAAUGAUGGCUGCAGAAAAUGGACAGACAAAUACUGUUGAGGUGCUGGUUAGCAGUGCUAAGGCUGAUCUGACUUUGCAAGAUAGUUGUAAGAACACAGCGCUCCAUUUGGCUUGCAGCAAGGGUCAUGAAACUAGUGCCUUGUUAAUACUGGAGAAGAUUACGGACAGAAACCUCAUCAAUGCCACCAACGCAGCCUUGCAAACACCUCUGCAUGUUGCUGCUCGGAAUGGACUAACAGUUGUAGUUCAGGAACUCUUAGGAAAGGGAGCAAGCGUACUUGCUGUGGAUGAAAACGGUUACACACCAGCUCUGGCCUGUGCACCCAACAAGGAUGUGGCCGACUGCCUCGCGCUCAUCCUGGCCACGAUGAUGCCCGUUUCAUCAAGCAGCGCAUUGCCUUCCCUUACGUUCAAUGCCAUUAAUCAUUACACCAACACCUCUAAAACUGUCACCUUCGAUUCCUUGCCAAUCAUGAGGAGUGAUCAUAGCUCUUACUGUACUUUCAACAAUAUUGGCAGGGAGGAUGGCUACCCCUAUACAGAAGAAGAUGAACUCAAUGACUCAGAUUCCGAGACCUAUUGAACGCUGCAUUUCGUAGGGCUGAAGAGUGACCCCUAAUGCUGGAAGUCGUCACAUCUGGGCUUUUGAAAAAAGCUGUUGGAAUUUGAAUGCAAAAAGAGGACCGACCUUUGGAGGAUGCUUUUUAUUGUGGUUGCAUAAAACAAAACAAAAUCCAUGAGACUCUGGAAGGAUUUUUAAGAGCAUAUUUUGCAGACGAAGCAGAAAUUCUUGAAUAAAUUCUUGGAAACCGUGGCAAAAAAAAAUUUGAAGAAUGUCAAAACUGCUUUAUUUAACUGUUCUACCGGUCUGUUUCUGGUGCCAGGAGUAACUUCUGCAGACUGGGCAGCCUCGUUGAUGUAAAUGAACGACACUGUUGUACAACACAGAGGAUACUAGAUUUAAAUUUUGUCAAUAAAACGAAAAUCAUUUUGAAGGCAAUAAAAGCGUUUGGUACAGUAGGCAUUGUUUGUGCUGCAAACUGCCAAAGGACCAAAUAACUUAAAAGGUUGUUUUUGUUUUUGUUUUUUUAAUUAAAUACAUUGUUGUGGAAACUGGAAUAGAUUCUUUGAAAAGAUGUUUUAACCAAACCUUAAUUACUUCUGGGAAAGAAGCUUAGAUUUGGUUUUAAGUGUUGACUUUUUUCUUUUUGUUUACCAUCUAAAAACCUUCCAGCACUAUUAAAUGUACCAUGAAAGAAAGCAGAUUUAUGUUUAAGUUUUGUUUUCUUUUUCUUUUUGACAACAUGAAAAUGGAACUUGUCGUACUUUUCUAAUACUAAAACUAAACCAGCUAACAAGGUGAAGUCAGGGUGAAAAAUGUACAGUGUAAUAAACAAGGGAAGGGUGGGAGAUGGGGGAGGGAAACGGACAUUGUUGCACAGGUUUAGACUGUUAAACUUUGGUGGUUUGAAUUGAGAUUUUUUUUUUUUUAAUUUAAAAUAUGUAACUUGGAAACUAUGAAACUGCAUAAAGAGAAUGGAAAUGUCUCCAUAACCCCAGAACUGGGACUGAGAGUUCUUUGCAACGAUUGGUCCUCUUCCUUACAUCGAAAAGAUUGCACGUGAAGGUGGAAUUGUAAAUCCCUAGCACUUCUUUUUUUUCUUUUUUUUUGAAUCCUGGAGUUGCCGGGGCGGGGGGAGGUGAAUUUAAAAGUAUAUUUCCCUAUUAGAAAGAAGUACAGUGUCUGGUCUGUGGGAAGAGCUGUGUAUCUUUGUUGUGCUCCAUUUAGAAAUGAACAGCAGAAGCAGGUCCCCUAAUGUAGUUCAGCCUCACCUGAAGAUUUUUAUCUUUUUUAUUUAUAACAGACUACUGCAUUUUUUUAAUUGCCUGAAGAAUGAAAAAGUGACAUAAGCAAGCUGAAGUCUCAUUGUUAAAUAUGCAUAUUUACUUUAUUUGGCUCUGCUUUAACUACAACUGUUACUUUUCAAGUGAAAUGGCUUAUGUACGUGCAAGGAAUCCUUGCGUGUCCUGGUAAAGUACAAAUAAAUUACUGCAAACCGAUUCAAAUUUCCUUUUUAUCCUUUUUGUAUUGUGAAACUGGAAAUCUUUAUGAUAUUGUAAAUUAUCAGCUGGUUUUCUGAACAUAAAGUGGAAACACGGGACAAUAUUUUGAUCUGUUUGAUAAUUUUGUGGGUUUUUUUGAAGAAUUAAUGAGCAUGUACAUAGAAAUAGUGACUGCUUGAAUACUGUAUUUACCUGCACUCUUUCAGUACUUCAAGAUUCUUGUAUAUUUUACGGAAUAUAAUAAAACCCAAAUGUGAGUUCUA